AUGAGCGACGACAAAAUCACCGCGUCUUUUCUGUCGUCGUCGUUGGCUGAUGUGGAGUACCCUGCAGGAGGGGAUUUCUUCUUCUCGAAAAUCGCGUUGGCAAAAGAGAUAGACUGUGCGGCGGAACGCGCGGAAACUUUGAUACGUGAAAAGUUUCUUAAGGAAAUGAAAGAAAAGAAGGACGAGGAUGAGGAUGAUGAGAAUGCACGCAUAGAGCGCGUAUUCGAAGAAUUAAUCGCUAAAAAUGACGAACAGUGCGAUAAAAUAGACGAACACAUCAUGCGUGCACGAGGGGAUUCGGCGGCGAAUAACGAAAAGUUGGCCCAGAGCACACAGAAUGAUGCGGCGACCAAAAACGACGCGAGUGGGAAGAAGAACAUCAGCAACGCAGCAUUUCAUGGAGGCGGUUCGUCCAUUUCUCGACCUCAAGAGGCGUUCAAAGAUGUCGUGGAUAACCGCACGGAAACAGACAUGAAUUUCGUGCUGCCCCCACCUCGAGGCAAAGGAAAAGCGUCAACGUCGGCGUUGAAAGAGUCGAAACAUCCAUUAGCUUCGGUUUUGCUCGAUUCGUUCAAAUAUAAUUCGAUCGAAGAUUACGUUGAUAAAAAUCAUAAUAGCGCUGGUGACCGCACAACUGCACAGUUGUGGGAAUUGAGAUGUUCAGAUCCGAUUUUGCCAACCCCUACGAACGAGGAGAACCCAGCUACGUUCGUCGAUAACGAAAAUGGUUUAGAGGAACUCGAAGGAGUGCUCUCAAAGGCACCAAUCUUUGCAGUUGAUUUAGAGCACCACUCGUAUCGUACCUACAGAGGUUUUACGUGUCUCAUCCAAAUAUCAACGCGCGAACAAGACUUUGUCGUGGACGCUUUAAGGCUCCGUCACUUGAUUGGACCGGCGCUCGGACGUCACUUUGAAAACGAAGAAAAGUUGAAGGUGUUCCACGGCGCGAAUUCGGACAUGAUAUGGCUGCAACGAGAUUUUGGCAUAUACGUCGUGAACAUGUUUGAUACCGGACAAGCAGCGCGUAUUUUAGAACUUCCUUCUUUCGGAUUGGCGUAUCUUCUAAAACAAUAUUGUGGGAUAAAGGCAGAAAAGAAGUAUCAACUCGCAGAUUGGCGUCUCAGACCUUUGAGUCGCGAAAUGAUAAACUAUGCGCGUAGCGAUACGCACUCGUUGUUGUAUGUGCACGAUCGAUUGAAGCAAGAGCUCUAUGCAAAAGGUGGCGUUGAAUGCAUUCAAUCGGUAUUUCUGAAAUCCCGAGACGUGUGCUUAUUGACAUACGAGCCGCAAGUGAUCACGGACUUGUCCUAUCACGAGGACUUGAUGAAAUCUGCAAAUGCGAGUAGCGGUGGCGGUAGCGGACACGGAAAUACUUUAUCUCGGUCGGCGCAGCAGGCGCAGCUUUCGCAAGAAAUUUUGAAAUCGCCCGUCGCUCAAGCGGCCAUGGAAGCGUUAUUCAAGUGGAGAGACGAUUGCGCGCGAGCGAACGAUGAGAGCUUAGGAUUUGUAAUGCCUCGCCAUUUGAUGCUUCGUUUAGCGUCAGAGCAACCAAAAGUGGCGCGUGAUGUAGUGUCAACAGCGAGAGGUGAGUCUUCACUCGUGGCAAAAUUCAGUCACGUCAUUGCGGAUAUUAUCAAAAGCGCCGUAGAAAGAGGCUCUCCAGUGAAUGCCGCUCCUUCUGCCGGCGAACUUUUUCGCAGAGAACACGAAGCAGCUAUGUUGUUAGUGAAAGAAAAGGAUGAUAAGAAAGACUUGAAAACGAGUACCGAUGGAGGAGAUGAAGGAGGAGGCGGAGGAGGAAGAGCAGCACCGGUGGAAGCAACCGAUAAGCAUACGGAUACAACGAAGAAGAAAACAAAGAAAAAAGCGGGAGGCAUGAUGAAAAUGAUGAUGAUGAUGUCGACUUCCGACGAGGAUAACGAUGAUGAUAGCGAUGCUCACGCAAAAGCAACCAAGGACAUGGCGGAUCACAUCCAAACAGAGUUAGUAAGCAAUAGACAAAACGUGUUCCCCAUGUACCAUUCCAUUGCGGCAUCUGGUGGUUACGGUGACAGAAGACGGGAUGGAGAAGAAAUCGAGAAUAAGAGUGCGCAGAAAGGCAAGAAACGGAAGUCAAAUGACGUUUUACUGAAAAGUAUCGCCGAGCGAAAUAAAGACAAAUCGAAGCGCAUCGAAAUUGCCGGUGGAGUAUCUUUACCGGCACCGAUACGCACGAAAACAACCCAAAAACUCGGUUUUGGCUCAACGCACGACGGCGAGCUCAUGAAUGACGAAGAUGAUGAAGACGAGGAUGGUAACGGCGGCAUGAGCAUCAAAGAAGAAGCAAUGAAAGCGCGAGCUGCCUUACGUAAGCGCCAAAAGAAGGCGAUGAUGAUGUCUAACGGAGGAGGUUUUAGUUUAAACCAUGAUUCCGAUGCAGAUUCGGACGCAGAAGAGGAUGAGCGCAUACAGAUGGAAAAAGAGAAGCAGGCGGACUUCAAAAGAUUGACUAAAGGAGCGAAAUCGCACAAUGAGAUCGUAGAACAAACGCAAAAGACGCUCGGAAUUAAAUCCGUGCACGCAGAGAUACUGAAGGGUCCGGACAUGUUGAAGAAAAUAACCGAGCAGAAACGACUCGACGCGAUAAAAGGCAAAAAAGGGUUCGACGGCGGUGAAUGGAUUGAGCCCUUCGGGAAAACGAAUUUGAAGUCCAGAGCCUUCCCGCGAGCUGGCAAUAAGCAGCAGAGCUUUAAAUAG